UUUUCAGAUCCUUUUUUCCCAAGGGUGUCUCCCUGGAUGGUGGCUCUGUACGUGCUCCUGGUUAUUUCCUUUGUUUUGAUAGGCGUUGCUGCUUUUCUCUUCAAGUUAAGAGGAAACCUUCAUGCAAAAAUUGGGAAGAUCCAGGCUGAAAAACGGAAACUUCUUGAAAAUAUCAGUGAACUCCAAGAAGAAAUUAGGAGAUUGCAGGCAGAAAUUGGGAAACACCUUGACAAUAUCAGUGAACUCCAUGAAGAAAUUAGGGCACAUCUUGAAAAUAUUAGUGAACUGAAUGAAAAAAUGAGUGGACUUCAAAGAGAACUUGAAUGGAGAAAAGCCCUAGUUUGUCCAACGAAUGUGACCCUGGAUCCAAACACAGCAAAUGCCCAACUCAUCGUGUCUGAGGAUCGGAAAAGCGUGAGGCGUGGAAUUGCACGGCAGGAGGUGCCGGACAAUCCAGAGAGAUUCCAUUCUUUCUGUCUGCUGGGCUGUGAGAGGUUCACCUCGGGGAGACAUUAUUGGGAGGUGGAGGUGGGAGACGGGGGAUUUUGGGCUGUGGGUGUCGCCAGAGAGUCUAUGAGGAGGAAGGGAGGGAUCAGAUUUAACCCUGAGCAGGGGAUCUGGGCUGUAGAGCGAUGUGGGGAUCAGUACCGGGCUCUCACCUCCCCUGAAACUCCCAUGCCCCUGAGUGAGAGACCUAAGAAGAUUGGGGUUUAUCUGGACUAUGAAGCGGAGUGGGUGGCAUUUUAUGAUACUGGUAAUGAGACCCUGAUCUUUACUUUCCUGUCAGCGCCUUUCACUGGGGAGACAAUCCUUCCCUUCUUCUGGGUGGGGAUUGGAGUCCUGCUCCAAAUCUGCCCUUGAGUCCUGGAGAUGGGGAGGUGGAACCCCACUGGGGUUCACUCUGGUUGUGGACCAGAAAUGUCCUGAACUAGUUGUUGUCCUGGGGACAGCUCAGAUGGUUUAAAUCACACUGCUAUGGUUCUAGAGAGGGCGAUGGGGGAGACGGAGGACAUGGGGGGUUGUAGGGCGCAUAGGCACCGACUCUGUGGGUGCUGCAGGACUUGAGCACCCACGGGGAAAAAUUAGUGGGUGCUCUGCACCCGCCGGCAGCCAAGCUCCCCUAAUCCCCCGCCCCACCUCCUCCUCCUCCUCUGAGCGUGCCGCGUCCCCACUCCUCCACCUGCCUCCCAGCACUUCUCGCUACCAAACAGCUGUAGCAAGCUCCAGGAGGCGGGGAAGAGGCGGGGCAGGGGUGGGGAUUUGGGGAAGGAGUUGGAAUGGGAGGAGUAGGGGGCGGGGCAGGGUGGGGCCGGGCUGAGGGGGGUCGAGCACCCACCAGCGCCAGUAGAAGUUGGCGCCUAUGGUAGGGAGAGGAGAAGCUGAAGAUUGGAAAGGGGAACAUGAGGUUUUUCUGGGGAGGGAGAUGCUGGAAGGAAAUGGAGAGUGAAAGAAAGAGAAAGGGGAUAAGAAAAGUCAAGAGAGAGGGAAUAAAACUGUUAAUUGUUAUGGAAAGUGAUUAUGUUUUAUUAAAUCAAUCCCUUUGUUCAUGAAAAAAGCUAUUUCGGGGCCUUAAACUAUUCUCACAGAUUUUGGACACUCUCUUCUCUGUGUUCUGAUUAUUACACUAUCAUUGAAUUGUUUGUAAUUCUCACAUUUCCUGACUGUAAAUAU